AUGCGUAUCCUUCUUCUGCUUCUGCACUUCCUCUAUUUCCGUUUCAACUACACCAUCGCCGAGCCUAUCUCAGAGCACAGUGUCCUUCUCUCUCUCCGUGAAGCCAUUACCGAAGCCACCCCAUCUGUUCUCCCCUCCUGGAACGCCUCCACCACUUACUGUUUCUGGUACGGCGUCACCUGCAACGCCCGCCGCCACGUCAUCGCUAUUGACCUCACCGGGCUUGACCUCUCCGGCACAAUCUCCGGCGACGUCGCUCAUCUCCCAUUCCUCUCCAACCUCUCCCUCGCCGCCAACAAUUUCUCCGGCCCCAUCCCUCCGUCGCUAUCCGCCAUCUCCGGCCUCCGCUUCCUCAACCUCUCCAACAAUGGCUUCAACGGCACCUUCCCUUACGAGCUUUCCCAGCUCAAGAAUCUUCAGGUCCUCGACUUGUACAACAACAACUUGACCGGAGUGCUCCCUCUCACCGUCACCCAGAUGCCGAAUCUCCGGCAUUUGCAUCUCGGCGGCAACUUCUUCUCCGGCCAGAUCCCGCCGGAGUACGGGACUAUGAAACGCUUGGAGUACCUCGCAGUUUCCGGCAACGAGCUCGACGGAGCCAUUCCGCCGGAGAUCGGAACCUUAACCAGUCUCCGGGAGCUCUAUAUCGGAUACUUCAACAUCUACGAGGGCGGUAUUCCACCGGAGAUUGGGAACUUGUCGGAAUUGGUGAGGCUUGACGCCGCCAACUGUGGAAUAUCCGGUGAGAUACCGCCGGAGAUGGGGAAGCUACAGAAACUGGACACUCUGUUUCUUCAGGUGAAUGCGCUUUCGGGGUAUCUGACAACGGAAAUUGGAAACUUGAAGAGCCUCAAGUCGAUGGAUUUGUCUAACAACAUGCUUACGGGUGAGAUUCCGGUGAGUUUUGGUGAGCUGAAGAACCUGACGCUUCUGAACCUGUUCAGGAACAAGCUUCACGGAGCGAUUCCUGAGUUCAUUGGGGAGCUUCCGGCGUUGGAGGUGGUUCAACUGUGGGAGAACAACUUCACAGGGAGCAUACCUGAGAGUUUGGGGAAGAACGGUAGGCUCAAGAGUCUUGAUCUUUCUUCAAACAAGUUAACUGGGACUCUUCCACCUCACCUAUGCUAUGGGAAUCGUCUUAUGACUCUGAUAGCUUUGGAGAACUUCCUCUUUGGUCCAAUCCCUGAAUCCCUUGGUAGGUGCAAAUCUCUUGAACGGAUUCGAAUGGGUGACAACUUUUUCAAUGGCUCCAUUCCGAAGGGCCUUUUUGGACUUCCCCAACUCACCCAGGUUGAUCUUCAGGACAAUUAUCUCUCUGGCCAGUUUCCUGAAGCCGAUGCUUUUUCUCUGAAUCUUGGUCAGAUUACUCUCUCCAACAACCAACUUUCUGGGCCUUUGCCUCCUUCGAUUGGUAACUUCUCCAGCAUGCAAAAGCUCCUUCUUGAUGGCAACAAGUUCUCGGGUCCAAUCCCCCUUCAGAUUGGUAGGUUACAACAGCUCUCAAAGAUUGAUUUUAGCCACAACAAACUCUCGGGUCCUGUUGCCUCAGAGAUCAGUCAGUGCAAGUUGUUAACUUAUAUUGAUCUUAGCCGCAACGAGCUCUCUGGUGAGAUCCCAAAUGAGAUUACCAGUAUGCGGAUAUUGAAUUACUUGAAUCUUUCGAGAAAUCAUCUAGUUGGUGCCAUUCCCGCGUCAAUAUCCUCAAUGCAAAGCUUAACUUCUGUUGAUUUUUCAUAUAACAAUCUCUCUGGUUUGGUUCCUGGGACCGGUCAAUUCAGUUACUUCAACUACACGUCAUUCCUGGGCAACCCUGAUCUUUGUGGCCCGAAUUUGGGUGCUUGCAAGGAUGGGGUUGCCAAUGGUGGUCACCAGGCUCAUGCUAAAGGACCACUCUCUUCUUCUUUGAAGCUCUUACUGGUUAUUGGGUUGCUUGCAUGCUCCAUUGUGUUUGCUGUUGCAGCAAUAUUUAAGGCUCGGUCACUGAAGAAGGCCAGUGAGGCUCGUGCAUGGAAAUUGACUGCGUUCCAACGUUUGGACUUCACGGUUGAUGAUGUUUUGGAUUGCUUGAAGGAGGACAACAUAAUAGGGAAAGGAGGUGCUGGCAUUGUCUAUAAGGGAGCAAUGCCCAAUGGGGAUCUAGUUGCCGUGAAAAGGCUUCCGGGUAUGAGCAGAGGCUCUUCCCAUGAUCAUGGAUUCAAUGCAGAGAUUCAGACAUUGGGGCGAAUCCGCCACAGGCACAUUGUUAGACUGUUGGGUUUCUGUUCAAAUCAUGAGACAAAUCUUUUGGUCUAUGAAUACAUGCCCAAUGGAAGUUUAGGUGAAGUUCUUCAUGGAAAGAAAGGGGGUCAUUUGCAUUGGGACACAAGGUAUAAAAUUUCUGUGGAGGCUGCAAAGGGGCUUUGCUAUCUACACCAUGAUUGUUCGCCACUUAUCGUUCAUCGAGAUGUGAAAUCAAACAACAUCCUUCUUGAUUCUAAUUGUGAAGCCCAUGUUGCUGAUUUUGGGCUUGCCAAGUUCCUGCAAGAUUCUGGAACAUCCGAAUGCAUGUCUGCUAUUGCAGGUUCAUAUGGAUACAUAGCUCCAGAGUAUGCAUACACAUUGAAAGUUGAUGAGAAAAGCGAUGUGUACAGCUUUGGUGUGGUUCUUUUAGAGCUUAUAACUGGCAGGAAACCAGUUGGAGAAUUUGGUGACGGUGUGGACAUUGUGCAAUGGGUGAAGAAAAUGACGGAUUCUAACAAGGAAGGAGUUCUAAAAGUUCUUGAUCCCAGACUUCCCUCAGUUCCCCUUCACGAGGUGAUGCAUGUUUUCUAUGUAGCCAUGCUUUGUGUUGAAGAACAGGCAGUGGAGAGACCAACUAUGCGUGAAGUUGUUCAAAUUCUGACAGAGCUUCCAAAACCACCUGGCUCUAAACAAGAAGACUUAACAAUUACGGAAUCCACUCUGUCAUCAUCAAACGCUUUAGAAUCUCCAGCCACAGCCUCUAAAGAUCAUCAACAUCCUCCUCAAUCCCCGCCACCCGAUCUUCUUAGCAUUUGAAGUGCUCUGUUGGGUGUGGGGGUAUAUUUCAUCUUAAUUCCCUUGGGGU